AUGGAAGCGGUCCUCUAUCGGCCGUUUGCGCGGCGCCUCGACGUGGAGUGCGGUCACCGAAGUAACCACGAGGCGUGGGGAGCGCCUACUCGUCGUAAUAUCUUCCCUAGAGACUCUCCAUCUGCGAUGGUGCACCGGGUUGGCCGCUUGCGCGACCCCCAGGACUUGGACUGUGCGACCGCCGCAGCGGUUUACGUGGCGCGGGGUCGCUUACGCGACAUGUCGGUCCACUGCUUCCACAUCCGAGAUUGCGAGUGCAGCGCGCUCGAGGCAGACUGCGGACCUGUUCGGCUUUCCAAUGAAGAGGAUUCCCUCCGAAGUGACCGCCUCCGAAGGGGAAAAAGACUGGCUUGA